CUUUAUACUUACUCUUUUUACACAAUUUACUAUUCAUCAUGAAAAUCACUACUAUUACUCUGCUCUUUGGAGCCGGCAUCUUAGGCGUCGAAGGUGCCUGGGACUUAUACAGAGAUGUACAGUGCAACUACAAAAAGUCAGCUGUUGCCCUUUGGCAUAAUUGCUUUGUGGAUGGCAAAGAACCCUACACAGAUAAUGACUGUGGUUUGGCUUGCGCUCGCGCUGGUAUGAAUGAGGGACACAAAUUCGCCCAUGCCAGCAACUACAAUGGCGGUCAGAGCUGUGGGCUUAUCUGCUACUUCAAAUAAUCGACAGCUUGGUAUGCAACGGCGAAAGAAAUGAGGACCUGGUUGAAUUUCCCUCGACACUUAUACUGUGAGAGUAUAUUGGUGUUGUGAUGGAUGCGAUAAACAAGAUCAAAGAUAGUACACCAUAAGAAUCUUCAGAAAUAUGUCUGUUUAACUUCUCGAUCAAUUCAAGCUCAAUAAAGCUUUAAUUU